UAAAACAACAAGAAUGCCAAUUACGAAUGAUCUGUUCUAAGAAUUACUUGUCUUCGAAGAUCGAUACUCAUAGGGCUCAGACAAAUAUGAUGUGAUUCAAAAAUUAGUUGAUUUAUAUGCUGUUUUAAUAGAGCAUUACGACAGCAUUCAAGACCCGGUGGGAUAUUAUUUUAAUGAGAAAUUGCAAUCUUUGUUCGCAUGUUAACGAGCUUUGAAGACCAUUCGUAAAAUAAAUCAGGAUCAGGGUACAUUUGCGCCUUCCCACACUCAAAGUUUGAUUGUUUAAGAAGCAAGAAGUAUUGAGAAUAGUUAAGAGAGUGCAAAGGCCAAGUAAGUAGUUGGUGUGGAGUAGAAGAAGAGGGAACGACAAACUAAGGCGAAGAUUGCAAUGGAGAUCUAAGAUUAGAUUGAUUACAGUUAAAAUAAUUUAGAACAUUUGAUAACAGGAUAUCAAUAGACUUCUGAUUAAAAUUAGAAGGUUAUUGAGGAGGACUUGAAAAGACAGGAUGACAACUUUUUACAAAGAAGAUAAAAAAGAGAGAAAACAAAUUUAAUGAGAAGAUCCAGUAGGAUGUGUUCAACGAAAUGCAGCACAGAAAGAUUGGAUGUUUUUGAUAGUUGUAUAGAAUUUUCAAAUGGAGCACAAGAGUAGGUGCGAGAAUCUAAUAAUAAUAAUAGACUCAUGUAGUUUUUAAAAGAAUAAUCAGAUAAAGUGAGUACAGACAAACACUAAUCUCAAGAGUCUGCAUAAGUGGAGGAUGUGUAACCAUUUGAAGAUUUGAAAGUGGAAGAAACAGACGACAUUUCAAACAUCAUACCUCCCAGGAGACAAAUCAGAGAAUCAGCUUCCGAAGACAUUAUGGAUACCCCUCCAUAGCAAUUUAGAAAGCCCAAGUAAUUCGGGAUGAUUGACAAUGACGGAGAUUUGCUGGUUUUGGAAGAUGAACAGAACUUGAUCAGUGAUUUAAACAUUGAAAUAAACUCUAAAUAGAUUGGAAACUGA